AUGGUUGCCUUGCACCUCCUUCGCGGUCUCUUCCCGCCGUCUCCUAGGCGCUCUACAGAGGCGCAUCGCCACCGUCACUGCAACCCGAACAAUUCGCGCAAAUGUGACUACGCGUCGACCGGCCCCAGCCCCGCCCCACCGUCCGACGUCCAGCAGCCGCAGCUCGUGGAGGCAGACGACGUGACUACCAGCGACGGCAAUAGCAUUCCCGGCAUGAGUUUAACAUUGGCGAUGCCGGGUGCGUAUCCACACUCGCGACGCGAGCCUCGUCAUCGCAGCUCGGCGUGGAGGCGGCGGCGUCAGGCCGAGGCGAGCAUUAAGCGGCAGCAUGCCCCCCAUAUCAACAAGCUGCACUUAGAGCAGAUGGAGCAGGUCAAGGAGCACAAACGUCGCCGCGCGAAUAUCCGCAAGCGCCGCGAGGAAGAGCUUCGUCUCGAGCAGGAGGAGCUUCGCCGUCAACACGAAGAGCUUAUGCGCCGUAUCCGGUUGGAGACCGAGCAGUAUCGCAAGCGCGAGGAGGAGCGCAAGCAGAAAGAGGAGAGGGAACGCCAGCGUCUGCGCGACGAGGCGAGUCGUCGUAAGCGCGAGCGCGAGGCGCAACGGCGUCAGGAGGAGGAGCGGCGGCAUCAGAAGGAGCGGCAGCGUCAGGAGGAGCAGCAGCGUCGGGAGGAGCAGCAGCGUCGGGAGCGCGAGGAGCAGCGGCGCGUACGUGAGGGCGAGGAGGGGGACCAGCGCCGUCGCAAGUUCACCGACGUGCAGCGACUGCGCUUACUUGACGCGUAUGAGGAGAAGUGGACAGAGAUCCAACGCGCAUACACGGUCGGUCCGGCCGAGCGCUCUCGUGUCUGGUCCAUGGACGAACUGCCGUGGCCGUCGUUCGAGGGCCAUGUAGCGCUCAGCGCAGAGUCCGUCCGUGCGUUCCUUCUCCACAAGACCAGGUCCAGCGCCCAAGGGGUCUCUCCACGAACCGUGCUACGUCGGGAAGCCCGUCGUUGGCACAUGGAUAAGUUUCAGAGAAUCGUGCCUGCGGUCAAGGUUGAGGAGCGCAGCAAGGUAGAGGAAAUGGCAAAGCAGACCAUGAUCUUCAUCAAUGAAGUCUUGACCAGCCUUGAGUAG